CAUAAAGCGCGGAGUGGCGGUGCUGCUGCAGCGCUAUCUUGCCGUAGUGCUCUGCUUGAUGUUCUCGGAUGGGACUGUAGCGCCAACCUGCUCCGUCUUAGCCCUUUCAUAAGCGACAUUUUCAAGUCAGACCUGCCAGAAUCCGUCCGGGUUUUAUUCUUAUUAAUUACAUAUUUAAACAAAGGGAUUUACGUCGAUACCAAUAUUUAUGUCUAGCUGACCAGUACGAAAAUCCUGUUUUUAAACGCGGUAGUGCAUACACCACGGUGUAGCCUGUUUGCAAAAUCUGUAGACAAUGCAAUAAAGCGCUCGGCUUUCUUUUUUUUAUUUUUCGCUUUUCCGAUUAUAUUUUUUCCUGCAGUUCUAAAGGGAAUUCGCACCCUCGGACAAAGCCUUUGUCUCCCAGUUUUGUUUUGAUUUUAGAUCUACCUACAAAAGGCCAGAACACCAGGAAAAUUCUUCAGUGUCUCCAAAAGCGCAUCCGAAUUCGUCACAAUGGCCGAUGCUUCCACAGAAUGCAAUAUCAAAGUGCUGUGCCGCUUUCGCCCGCUGAAUCAAGCCGAGGUCGUGCGAGGAGAUAAAUUCAUCCCGAAAUUCAGCGGGGAUGACACGGUUAUCAUUGGGGGGAAGCCCUAUGUGUUUGACCGAGUGUUUCCUACCAACACCACCCAGGAGCAGGUCUACAACACUUGUGCCAAGCAGAUUGUGAAAGAUGUGCUGGGAGGUUACAAUGGCACCAUUUUUGCCUAUGGACAGACCUCCUCUGGAAAGACCCACACCAUGGAAGGCAAACUACAUGAUAGGCACCAGAUGGGCAUCAUCCCCAGGAUCGCUGAGGACAUAUUCAACCACAUUUUCUCCAUGGACGAGAACCUCGAGUUCCACAUCAAGGUCUCCUACUUCGAAAUCUACAUGGACAAAAUCCGGGACCUUUUGGAUGUGACCAAGACCAAUCUGGCUGUCCACGAGGAUAAGAACAGGGUGCCCUACGUCAAGGGCUGCACCGAGCGCUUUGUGUCCAGUCCCGAGGAGGUGAUGGACGUGAUCGAUGAAGGGAAAGCCAACCGGCAUGUCGCCGUCACCAAUAUGAAUGAGCACAGCUCUCGCAGCCACAGCAUAUUCCUCAUCAACAUCAAGCAGGAGCACAUUGAGACGGAGCAGAAGCUUAGCGGGAAGCUGUACCUUGUGGAUCUGGCGGGCAGUGAGAAGGUCAGUAAGACUGGAGCUGAAGGUGCUGUUCUGGAUGAGGCCAAGAACAUCAACAAGUCUCUGUCUGCCCUGGGAAAUGUCAUCUCUGCACUGGCCGAGGGAACGAAAACCCAUGUGCCAUACCGGGACAGCAAGAUGACCCGCAUUCUGCAGGACUCCCUGGGGGGUAACUGCCGUACCACCAUGUUCAUCUGCUGCUCCCCUUCCAGCUUCAACGAGGCCGAGACCAAGUCUACCCUGAUGUUUGGGCAGAGGGCAAAGACUAUCAGAAACACAGCCUCCGUGAACCUGGAGCUGACAGCCGAGCAGUGGAAGAAGAAGUACGAGAAGGAGAAGGAGAAGAACAAGACGAUGAAAGAGACCAUCCAGAGGCUGGAGGCUGAGCUGAACCGCUGGCGCAAUGGGGAGAACGUCCCGGAGACUGAGCAGCUGACCAAUGGGGUGGUGAAGCUGGAGACCAGCGACGAGACCCCGGUCGACAACAGCACCUCCUCCAUCGUGGUGCGCAUCUCUGAGGAGGAGCGCCAGAAGUACGAGGAGGAGAUCCGCAAGCUCUACAAGCAGCUUGAUGACAAGGAUGACGAGAUUAACCAGCAGAGCCAGCUGGUGGAGAAACUGAAGGAGCAGAUGCUGGACCAGGAGGAGCUGCUGGCGUCGACGCGCGGGGACAGCGAGAAGGUGCAGACAGAGCUCGGGCGGCUGCAGACGGAGAGCGACUGCGCCAAGGCCGAGGUCAAGGAGGUCCUGCAGGCCCUGGAGGAGCUGGCCGUCAACUACGACCAGAAGAGCCAGGAGGUGGAGGACAAGAGCCUGCAGAACAAACUGCUGGCUGAGGAGCUGGCCCAAAAGAUGGCUCACCUGAUGGCUCUGGAGGCUGAGCUGACCCGGAUGCAGGAGAUGAGCACGCACCAGAGGAAGCGCAUCGCAGAGGUGCUGAACGGCCUCAUGAGGGACCUGAGCGAGUUCAGCACCAUCGUGGGCAACGGAGAGAUCAAGCUGCCGGUGGAGAUCAGCGGGGCGAUCGAGGAGGAGUUCACGGUGGCCCGCCUGUACAUCAGCAAGAUCAAGUCGGAGGUGAAGUCGAUGGUGAAGCGCUGCCGGCAGCUGGAGAACCUGCAGCUGGAGUGUCACCGCAAGAUGGAGGAAACCGGCCGCGAGCUCUCCUCCUGCCAGCUGCUCAUCUCGCAGCAUGAGGCAAAGAUCCGCUCUCUGACGGAGUACAUGCAGAAUGUGGAGCUGAAAAAGAGGCAGCUGGAGGACUCUUAUGAUUCUCUGAGCGAGGAGCUGGCCAGGCUGCAAGCACAGGAAACCGUGCAGGAAGUGACCAGGAAUGAGAAGCAAAACGACAUCGAGGAAGAGGGAGACGUGAAGAGGGCCCUGGACCUGCAGAUGGAGACACACCGCGAGUCUCACCACAAGCAGCUGGGCCGCCUGCGGGACGAGAUUAACGAGAAGCAGAAGAUAAUCGAUGACCUCACUGAUCGCAAUCAGAAGCUGCAGCUGGAGCUGGAGCAGCUGCGCUCAGAGUUUGAGAAGCUCAAGAGCCAGGAGCACGACAAGAGCAUGCAGCUGGAGGAGCUGACAUUUCUCCAUGAGCGUCACGAGCAGUCCAAGCAGGACCUUAAAGGGCUGGAGGAGACCGUGGCCCGCGAACUCCAGACCCUCCACAACCUGCGCAAGCUUUUUGUUCAAGACCUCACGACUCGAGUCAAAAAAAGUUCAGAGAUGGAGCCUGAUGAUAGCGGGGGGUGCACCACUCAGAAGCAGAAGAUUUCCUUUCUUGAAAACAACCUGGAGCAGCUUACAAAGGUUCACAAACAGCUGGUACGCGACAAUGCAGAUCUGCGUUGUGAGCUUCCUAAACUGGAAAAACGUCUUCGGACUACGGCUGAGAGAGUUAAGGCCCUGGAGGGCGCACUGAAGGAGGCCAAGGAGGGCGCCAUGAAGGACCGCCGCCGCUACCAGCAAGAGGUGGAGCGCAUCAAGGAUGUCAUGAGGUCCAAGAACCCGCUCCGGAGGCCACACGCAGCACAGAUAGCCAAGCCUAUCCGGCCCGGCCACUACCCAGCCUGCUCGCCCACAAACCCCCUGUACGUGCGCUCCGGGGAGGGUGUGACCUACAGCAACGUGAUGUUCCAGACCGGGGGGUUCCCAGUCUGCUCCCAGAGGACCCCCAGCCCCCCGCAGGCAACAAUAUUAUCUGUGGGGGUCUGCAAUGGUACAGUGGGCUCCUCUGACAGCCUGGACUCUUACAAGCUGAACGUGGACAAUGGCAAUGCUACAGACAUCAACGACAACAGAAGUGAUGCGCACUGUGGAAGCGAGGCAGAGGACCCCUCCAAACUGUACGUCAUCCAGCAGGAGGCUGCCGCCAGCUAAUGCACCUGUGCAGAUGAUGACCUCUUCUAAGGCCUCCUGCAUUCAGCAUGCUGCGAACCAGCUUCCUCUGAUCUGUGCCUCUGUAUCCCACUGUACUCCCUCUUUCUCUCUGUCUGUACUUUAGAUCGUGCAUCCCCCCCUUUACCAGCUAAACUCCCACUACUCCCACCCCCAGAUCCCAGUUAUCUCUAGAUGUCCUGUGCUGUAUAUAGAGCGUGCCAGGCACUGCCGCUGCCUCGGUCUCUGUUGCGUCCGCGGUGUGCUCGCUCUCCUCUCCUCUGCCCCUCCUGGAGAAUAAUGUGCUCUACCAGAGGUGAUGGGGGAGGAGUGAGCGAGCACGCCCGUUGUGUUCAUGUUCAGCCAGCAGGGGGCGCUGCUGUCAUUCUGGGGUCGACAGGGUGGAGCUCUGCCAGCUGCUUGGCCAGCUGUGAUUCCAGGGCCCUUCAGCCUCACCUCAGGCUCCGGGGGCCGUGCUAGAAGCCCAGCUGGAAGGCAGGGUGGGGAACCUUAAGGGGCUGUAUUGCAGAGUACUGCUUCAUUCUCAGUUUGGGAUUGGACUUCAGCAAUUGUUUGAAAAAUCUCUGUUUCUAUACAUAAAGCAAGCUGGGAAAAAUGGAAGGAUCUUUAUCUUUUCCGCCUCUAUGUAUAAUAACAUUAAAUACAGAUACCUUCCAACAUUUUAAAGCAGCUCUGCAACACCCCCAGCCCUGUGAUCCAGAUGUGCAUUCUUGGCCAGUCCAGAUGUUCACACACCAAAGCUGGCCCAGAUGUUGCACCACUCUAGUACCUCAGUGCUGAGCCCCACUGUGGCAGCUCCUUUAUCAGAGAUUGAGAUAACCCUGUAGAAUUUAACUAAGCCUUAAUUAGAGCUAUUUAUACAUAAGAACCACAUGCUACAUACAUAUAAAUAAAUAUAUAUAUAUACUCCCCAUGAAUAAUGUAGGUCAGUAGUAUUUUUUAUCACUAACACGAACCAAUGAAGUGCGAUAAUUAGCAGUUUUGCUUAUCAACCAGUAAAGCAGGGAGGGUGUUAAGCUGUGAGUGAAUGGCUGUGCUGGUCAAUGACCGUGAUUCAUCAGUGCUGUGAUUCUGCAGGUUCAAAUGCACUUAGAGUAAUGUAACCAUUGCUACAGCACUGUUAAACUGUAGGCACGUGAAGCUGUCUUUGAGAUUCUUGUACCUUGUGAUUGUGAAUGUGAUAUCCUUCCAGUGUGCUAUCCUAGCCAGCCAGCCUCAAAGUGGCAGACUAGAAAACAUGUUUUUAAGAGUGACCACUCUCAUGCUGCUUGCUGCUGUAAUCAAUGUUGCUCUCUGCGCAGUGUGUCUUGGUUUUCUUGGUGCAACUCAUGGCUCUUCUGAUCUGUUUCACUGCCAGAGCUUCGUUACAAAUUGGACUUUAAUCACUUAAACCACUGAGUUAGUAGCUAACUCAGAGCUGGAGGGGUGCCUUGGGCAUUUGCCUCAAAUAUUAAUGGACACAGAUGUGGCUUAAGGCAUUCAUAUUUCCUAAAGCUGAAGCUCUGUGACAGGAAUACAUUCAUAAAUCGCUGGGAUUGCCAGACAGUUUAAUUAUCUUGCAUAAUUUAGAGCUGAGGUCCUGACCUUAGUAUCAGCACAGUACUAGCACAGACAAGCAAGAAACGGAAGUUUAAUGAACUGUUAUGAGUACAUGAACAAAUUGCACUACAACAGACUUCUCCUGCAGCUCUUACUGUCCUAUUCUUUAUCUGUCCUGCAAGCGUCGGUAUGUGGUCUGUGUGUCCAGUCUGGCCUCCCUCAGUGGGAAGGACUGGACAGUGUGUCCAGUACCUCUGUUGUGAAUCAAUGUACAAUGGAAACACACAGUGACUGUGUAGCAACUUUUUUUAAACGCCACACUGUAUUUCUUUCAGUUCAGUUCAUGUCUUUGUUCUGCACUGCACAUAUUUCUUGAUUUCAUGUACGUUAUUACGAUUGAAUGUACUACCUAGAUAGGUUUAGUCUUUUAUGCAAAUGGCAAUUUUACUGUAUUUAAUGAAGGGUUUUAUCAGUGGUUUAAUUAAAAUCUUCAAAUGCCAAUGUGUAAACAGGAAGAGAUGACCCCUUCUCAAUAACGGAGAGUGGCUGAGAGAUGGAGGAGCUAUAAAUGUAAAGGCUUAAAGUCGGGAACCCAGGUGGGUCUGGACCAGGUGAAAAAAUAUAUAUACUGCAGCAGACAUGAGUGCUUGUACCCCUGUGUGACCCCAAAUCAGAGGUAAUUUGCCGACGUACUAAGACGGAAGAACAUGCUUGCAAAGCUGCAAAGGUGUGUCAGCGAUGUUUCUUCCAGGAUAAACACAGUCCCGCGUCGCCCCAGUGAACUGAUUAUCAGGACACCCGCAGCUGUGCUAGCCUGCACCCCAGAGCAGCUGGGUCCCCAGAAAGAUGGCAGCAGGCUGCCCUGAGAGUCGAGAGUCAGAACGCUGUCUCGUACCGACUGCCCCAGCCCCAGUAAAGGGGCAGAAGUGGGGAGCCCAUCAGCGAAAGCCGUGCUGCAGGUCCGCCCGGACAGCCCCGAUGUCUAACGGCCCGCGCCUCGCCCCUCCGUGUCGCCAUGGGAACGCAGAGGCAGACGGCGAAGCUCUGCUGUCUCCGACCUCCAUGACGUGCAACACCCUCCUGGGCUUCAGCGGCUGCCUUCUGAUCAGCCAGUCAGAGCGCGUAGCUGCUAGAACAAGCCAGGGAGGGAUGCCUGAGGGGGGCCCGGGCAUAUAUUUCUCAUUAUUUCAUGGCUUAGCAGACGCCCGCGUGCACGGUGAUAAGACGCAGUAAAUAUCGGAAUAAAAAACAACAUCUGCGCAUGCUGUCAGGCUUUCUCUUCACUGCCUUUCUGUGGCCAAGCAACAGCGCCUCCCUGCUACAGCUGAAUCUACCAGUCAGUCUGUAAGGGACCUACGCGAGCCACAUCUGUAAAAUGCAAACUUUUAACACUCGUCUUUCAAACUUUCAGCCUCUGCAACCCAAAAACCAGUGGCACAUGCAUGUAAUACAUACAGAAUCUCUGCGGGGAAAUACAGGAGGUUCAUGUGCCUUGUAGCAGUUUAGAUCACAAAGUAGGCGUAUGUGUAUAGGCAGAAAAUACUAUCCCUCUCCUCUGCGUUCCUCUGCUGAUCCAGGUUGGGGCUGAUAAACACGUAGUUUGAGGUUUGAUUCCAAGUGGGUCAGAAGCUGUCGACAGGAAAAUGCUGCAGCGGUUGAGUACAGCCGGUUCAGGUCGACGAAGGGAUGUGCGAGCUGGGAGUGAGAUUUACACAAGGGGAGGGUCAGCUGUACCGAGAUGGCUCCUCCCUCUCCUGUCUAAAACUUCCUAUUCCUAUUAAUGAGCUGUUGCUCCUCUCAGACGAGUAAGAAUGAGGAGAGGGGGAAAUUAUCGCAAACCCUGCCUCCGCUUUCAUUUCACCUCUCCUAUUAGUCCAGUCACGUGCAGAGAUCAGAUGUGAUUUUAAUCCAGCGUUAAUCCGGUCACAUGCAUGUCAUCAGAGGUGGAGGCAGGGCACUGCCUUUUGACUGACUUUUCGCACUUUCAUUGUCGGUGUUGGGGCGGAGAGGUUGUGGCUGGGUAGGGGUUUAUGGGCAAUGCCGAGAUUGGGGGCAGUGGGGGUCAAGUUCAGAAGCAGGACAUUUCUGUCCGAUGACGUCUGUUUGAUUUGGUUUAGGAUUUUGAGGCUGCGUUUCGGUACUUCACACUUCGAGGACAAAACAAAGCAGAGCAAAACAAAAUCAGUAACGACGAAGGGCGAAGGAUGAACAGAAGUGUGGGCUUGCAGAAAAAAAGCAGGAGCCAGUGGACAAUUCAGACUUCACCGUUUUUUUUUUUAAACAAGCGUGUCCAAUAGUUGGUGCAUGCGGUAAACAUGCUCUGUAACGGCUAACAAGUACAAAAAGAAACACUUUCAAUAAAGAUGAACUAUCGACACGUC